GCAGAUGUAAUUGGUUCAUUAUAGGGAUCCCCUUUGCGCGUUACCUUACAGUGAAUCACGCUCUGAAUCCCAGCUGCGAAUCUUAAUGCGCAAUGCUAUCAGGCAUAGAGUCUUUCCAGUAAAUAGGUCAUUUUUUUAUGGCUAUAACGGAGGAGGAGGUGAACUCCAAAGUCUGCUCUGUCCAGAGAGAGAAAGAGAGACAGAGAGAGCACGCUAAGAGAGAGGGAGCGAAAGAGAGAGAGGAAGAGUUUAUCUUUUCAAGUCCAACCUCCGUCAGUCAUUCCUUUUCGGAUUUUGACCCGGUAUACAGGCUGGAAUUAACCGGACUUUCGAGGAAAUAUAUGAACAUUAGUGGUGUGACUUCUUUGUUCACAUAACCAAAGGAGUAAAAAGGACAACUCAGAUCAGAACCUACGUGAUUUGUCUAGCAGUAAGGACCCAUUGGUCAGAAAUUUUCCAGGAUGUGACUGAAUCUAGAGGUGACAAUCUCACCUACCAUGAUGGAAUCUGGUCUGUCACCUCCCACAGACACCCCUCAGCAUAACAACAACAGCUACGCUGAUGGCAGCAACAGCAGCCUGCUGGAUGGCGAUUUGUCAACGAGCAACCACACCAUGAACUUCCAUCAUGGCUUGCAGAACGUCCUAUUGGGGGUCUCUCUGGGGCUUCUUUCCCUCCUCACAGUUGUAAUGAACCUGCUAGUUCUGUAUGCAGUGAAGAGAGAGAAGAGCCUCCACACUGUAGGGAACCUCUACAUUGUUAGCCUGUCUGUGGCAGAUCUCAUAGUGGGAGCCACAGUUAUGCCUCUAAACCUGGUGUACUUGUUGGAAGAUGAAUGGAAGCUGGGGCGGGCUGUCUGCCAGUUUUGGCUUAUAAUGGACUACGUAGCCAGCACUGCCUCCAUUUUCAGCUUGUUCAUCCUGUGUGUGGACAGGUACCGCUCUGUCAGACAGCCACUUAAGUAUCUCAAAUACCGGACACGGGGAAGAGCCAGUGCAAUGAUAUCUGGAGCAUGGCUGCUGUCGAUGACGUGGAUUAUUCCAAUUUUGGGAUGGAGGUCUUUUGCUCAUGUAGAUCUUAAACCAGAGGAGGAGAACAAGUGUGACACAGAUUUCCGCUUUGUCACAUGGUUUAAGGUUGUUACUGCAGUUUUCAACUUCUACGUACCCUCGAUUUUGAUGCUGUGGUUUUAUACUCAUAUCUACUUGGCAGUGAGGCAACAUCUGAGGGACAGGGAAAGAAUCAUUCAUCCAACAGAUUCAUUUGGGGAGAAUGAGAAUGGACAACAUAUUGUUUCGCCAGUGAAAAAUGUCUCAACAUUUCAAGAGCGAGUGCGUAAAAGUCCAAUGAAACUUUCUAAGAAACAACGCUUAUUGGACCAAAACACUCUUGAUCAGGCAUAUUCCCUGGAGGAAACAGACAAAACUAAAACAGCUUCAUCCAGAUCUCAUAGAAAAAUUGGUGUGAAGUGCCAGCAGACGUCAUUGCUUGCCAGGACAUCAAAACGACUCAGAGUGGCGAAAAGGUGCUCCUUGUGUCCUGAGGAGAAGCCGUCAGAUGUUGAGAUUCCCCUGAGUCAACCUCCAAUGCAACAGGAAGUAAACUGUACUGAGGGAAAUAAUGGAAACAGACUUCCAGCAUCUUUGAACGAAUGUCAUGUCACAGUGCCGAACUCGGUGAGCGGUGUCUGUGAUGUUACUCAGGUUUCAGAUGCGCAGAGAUUUACGCCUGCACUCUACAACAACUUUGACCCUAGUCAAACUCUGUCCUGGACUGAGGAAGGGGUUAAAGAUGCCAAACUGGACCCAAAUAAUGCAGUGACCCUAAAACAGACAUGGCAAAGGUUCAUUGUCCAAUCACGUCAGCGUAUCCAAAGCCUGAGGAUCCAUAAAGAGCACAAGGCAGCCAAGCAGUUGGGUUUCAUUAUUGCUGCUUUCUUAUUGUGUUGGAUACCGUACUUCAUUGCUUUCAUGGUCAUGGCGGUCUGCAAAGAGUGCGUGCACCAUGACCUGCACAUGUUCACAAUAUGGCUCGGUUACAUCAACUCCACACUUAACCCGUUUAUAUACCCGCUCUGCAAUGGGAACUUUAAACGAGUCUUCAAAAAUAUUCUCAAGAUUGGUUUUUGAAGGGCUGUGACAGGCAAAGCAAAGAAGUAGAACAAAAUCAUUGGAAUGGAAAUACUUCUUUCACUGUCAAAUAAGGUUAUACGACUGCCACAUCAGUGUCUUAAACUGCCUUGCAAGGUUGAGCCUUUGAAGUUUAGGUGAAACUGUAAAUGUGUUGUGAUCGUCUGUUGUUUACUUUUUAUUUAGACCUUAUUUUUGUAACAUAAUGCACUUUAGUUCAGUCUCAACGCAACGGCUGAUUUUUCAUCUAAUUUUUUUGCACUGGUGCAAUGUUUUAAGGUGUUGUGGGUAUUUAUCACAUUGUUGCCUCAUCAUCAAGUUGUUCUCAACAAAAAUCACAAAUCUUGCCAAAUCUGUUGAGCUGCCACCCAAAAGUGAGCUGAUGGCUUGGGAUCAAAUUUACUAUUUCUUUAUUCCACACUUGGAGCUUUAAAACAUGCAGAUUCAAUUGUUUUUUAACACAAUAAAAAACACCAUCUUAAUUUAUAAAACUC